AUGGCACGCGGGUUGGCAUUGAAAGCACAAUAUAAUAUGUCAAUUGCACACUUUGAGGCAAACUUAGAAUUAAUCCAUGAACUAUUGCCUGCUGAAUCUAAGUUGCCCAAGGACUUCUAUCGGUCAAAAAAUCUAUUUGAGGGUCUUGGUAUAGCAUAUGUCAAAAUUGAUGUUUGUUAUAACAAUUGCAUGCUUUACUAUAAAGAUAAUGAAAGUAAAGACAAAUGUGAUAUUUGUGGCACCUCCCGCUAUGAAACGGACACAGCAAAGCUGUUGCGGUCUCACUACCCGUCCACUUCUGGUAAAACGGUGCACCCUUGUGAUGGAGAAGCUUGGCAACAGUUUGAUAAAGAUUUUCCAGACUUCGCUAGUGGCCCUAGAAAUACUUUGUUCAAGGUAACCCGAGCUGAUGUGAGAAAAGCUGACCGUAAUUUGGAGGCUUAUCUACUGAAAAGAGUUUUUGAUUUGAUAUAUCAGGCUCGUUUGGAUGCUGUAAAGAUUCAUGAUGACUGUGAUGACAAUCAAGCACGCGCUAUACAUCUUACAGAACAACAAUACAUAACCAGCAAGCUAAGUUGGUGCGCUAAUGAUGCUUGGGUCUUUCUAUCGAGGCAUUGGACAUCUGAAGAGUACAAGACAAAGAGGAAGGCUGCUCAAGCUUCACGCUUAAAGUCUGAAGAUGUUGCUCAUAAUAGAGGAGGAUCGAGGUCAUGGGGAGAGACACAACAAUUGUUGGAAUAUAAGUUCGGCCUUGAGAAGGCUAGCACUUUGAACACAUGCUGUAAUGAAGUCCGGAUUCAAAAAGUGGACAUUAGUGGAAAAAAUGACUACAGUGCAAGAACACAGCUUCAUGAAAAUUCAAAAGAAUUGGAUGUACAAGCAUUGUAUUUCAUGGAACAUGGAAUGGCCCAUGGACGCGUGCCAAUAGCUGAUGGUUAUGUGGAUAAGGAAACACUUGCAACGACUGCUAAAUCCAAUCGUUUUUGCUCAAGCAACACAGCUGCUUAUCAAAGACUUUUCGAGGAUCUUAAAAAGCCUCUACCUGCUGAUCUGAUGAACCGUCUAACAAAUAUCGAUGCCCAUUGUCAUCAGGAGUAUGUCAAUAGCCAUGUAGAGUAG